ACAAAAUGUAUUGUGUUAUUUUUCACGUGUGUCAAUUUUUAAAAUAAUUACACCUGUAAUAUAAAAAUUGAGAAGUGGUUUUCCAUGUUUUGAUUUUUGGUCACUAACGAUUUCUGCUCCACUUGAAGUUUAUUUAAAUUUUUGCUCAAAAAAGGAAAUAAACUGGCGUCGAGCAGCAACGACAACUGGAGUAGUAUGGAUAUAGAUCCAUCACCGAGUACCUCGUCAGGUGAUUUAAUGGCUUUAACGCAGUCAAGCUUGCCAAAAAUUGACGAAAAUAAUGCGAUAGAAUCAAAAACGCCUAAAGAACGGAUCUUAGAAUUGUUAGAUGUUUUAGAAAGUCAUGUUGAAAAGUUGCGAAGAGAAGCAGCGCAACUAGAAGAAGACAGAGACCACUUGUUAUCGUCUCUAGAUUCGGUUAGGAACACAGAUUUAAUCAUAGAGUUGGCGGACAAUGACAGAGAUGAUGUGUGCCGGUAUGCCGAGAGAAUAAUGAACCGUUGCCUUACAGUUGAAGUGAAAAUCCUCACUCAGCGCGACAAAACGCAGGAAGAAGCCUUACAUCAAGUGAAUCAUUUAAUAGACGGUCUUGUAAUGUGUGUGAAAUCAGAUCCUGAAAACGCGAAAGCAAAAUGUGUUUCCUUUAUGAAUGCAUGCUCUUCCAAUAUAGUUCAUGGCGUGACUGAUAAGAAAUUCGAAUCAGCUUUAUUAGGAUGUACUGUUGAUGACCAAAAACGAGUGAAGAAACGCCUUCAAGGUUUGUUACAUUAUUUCGAUAAAUUGAAUGUAACUUCUAUUCAGUGAAAAUAGCUAAAUGGAUGGUUUGCCACUUUGCUCUGGCUCUGCUUUUUGCUGUUAUUACAAAUACAUUAAAUUGUUCGUUCAUAAACAUUGGAGUUCCGGUUAAAUUCUGCUUAAGUAAUUUUACUUCAAUGUUGCAGUCUUACAUGGAGUAGUCACUGUGAUUGGUUAAAAGACCUUAUUUAUAAUAAAUUAAUGAAUCAAAUAAAUGAUAGUUAAAGUGUUCA